UUGAAGUAUGUACUACGGGUAUGAGUACGAUCGAAUCGAACGAGCAUCGAUUGCAUUAGUAGAAACUACUUACGAUAUUCCCGAACACAACACAACAGCUGUGCAUGACAUUUGGUAUGGAACGGUACGAAUGGUACGUACCAAGUACGAUACGAUACGAUACGAUACGAUACGAUUGACGGUAGGGUUCGUACGAGUUACGAGUACUACGACGAGCGCGCAGCAUUGAAACGAACGAAUCAUCGCGGUGCCGCAAUAAAUACGAGUACGAGUACGCAAUACAGGUACAACAACCCAAACACCCUCUCCGGUUGUGCGUGUUUGCCAUCCUUGGAGGCACAGGACGCCGCAGAGCAACAUUCUGUCCAUAUUUCGAGCACAACGGAACCAAAGAGAACCGAACCGAACCAAACCGAACCGAAGCGAAGCAAGCGUCCCACAGCAUCGCCCACGGCAACGGCAGCAUGACCUCCUACGUCGACGUCGACACGUCGGAGGAAGCCCUGCAGGAGGACGUGGAACUCCAGGAGGCCGUGGAGCAGAUCGUCCAGAAGGGCGCCGAGAUCAUCAUCGAGGACGUCCGGAAGGACGUGAACGGGGUCUACGAGAAGUCCAAGGCCCUCCUGCUGGGAGCCUUUCCCUUUGUCGUGUCCUGGUCGGAGGACCACAACAAGUUCCGGGAGGACAUGGAGCACCUGGCGAUCGCGGGGCUCCUCUUUGGGGCCUUUUUCUGGUUUCUGGCCCCGUGGGGGGACCCGAAGGGCGCCCGGCAGCGGUCUUCUUCGGGAAGGACCGGCCGGAGCGGGCGGGCGGCUUCCGGGAGGCAGCAGUCGCAGCAGCAGCGGUCGUCGAUGGAACGGAGCAAGUCCAUGUCCAGCAUCAAGCGGCGGAUCAAGCAGUCCAUGGGGGGGAACGGGGCMCCCGAGCCGUGGGACGAGCAGAGCCASCAGCCGCCUCCUUMUCGCGGCCGGGAGCGGCCCGAGGAGGAGUCCGAGGUCCAGAAAUUCGCCCGGCRGUGGCCYACGAUCCUGCGAAACUCCCCGUACCGGUGCCUCGUCCUCCCCCCGGAGUGCCAGCGGGUCGACAAGCCGCACCGGAACCGCCGCAGGCAAGAGCCCCAGAAGCAARCAAAGGCUCCCCCCAAAAAGAAARAGGACCACGAGGGCACCGGCCUCGACGAGAACCCCGGGACGAGGCUCGUCAACUACAUGAAGCAGAUCUUCCACCUGAUCGUCCUCUUUCGGAGGUACGACUACACCGCGGCCGGACGGACGCUGAUCACCUGGGUGCAGUCGGCGAUCCGCGCCCGGAACAGCCACAAAACCGGGAUGGGGGCCGUGCGGGGGAUGAUCCCGAUGGAAGAAGAGGAGGAGGAGGACGACGACGACGAGGAGGAGGAGGAUUCUUCGAGCCCUCCGAGCGGGAAUCCCGGGCGGGGGGAUCUCGAACCCAAAAAAAAGCACCCCCGGCGGUCGAAGCGAAAGAGCCGGAGGCUCUCGCGCGGCAAGACCGAGAGGAGCCGGGCACCGAGGGACGAAGCCGAACACGGCAGCGUCGGCGACGGUCCGGGGCAAGCAAGCGACGCCGGCGACAAACCCGCCGUCCCCGCGGACGAAUACAACAACAACAACGACAACGACAGCAGCAGCACGAGAGGAGCCGGAAGUCCCGCGAGUCAAACUCCUAGCAAAAACAAUCACAAUCACAAUGAUGGCGAUAGUGAUGGCGAUGGCGAUAAUGACAACGAGGACGAGUCCUCUCCGAGCUCCCGUUCCACCAGCGGCAGCAACAAGUCGGCAGAGACCGUCCCCACCCGUGACCGGGAACAAGGGGACAAGGCCCGCGGGCGUUCCCCGGCUCUGUACGGCGACGACRCCUUUGCAAAGACCCCCCCGAGGCUCUUGCUCGAGCCGCCGGAAUCCCAGCCCUUUUUUACGCCGGUCCAGAGCAAGACCAUGAUCCCCUCGAUCCGGUCCCCGCCGUCGGCAUCGAUUCCCUCGUUCCCGAAACGCCUGUGCCACCCCGAGCAGCACUCGCUGAAAAUGAAAACCUCGCCGUCGACCAUCCGGUCCCGCUCCAUCGCCACCGGCGCCAAGACCAAGGACGCCCUGGCGAGCUACCGGGUCGAGACCUCGCGGAGGGACUUUAGGGUGACCUCCAGCCCCGGGGUGUCCGAGGAAGGCGGCGGCGACGACGAAGGCGAAUCCGACCUCCCGCCCCCCUCGCCGGCGCAGAACGGGGGCAGCGGGGCCUUUUUCUUCGAGACCGCCGCCUGCCGGGAGUCGAUCCGGCGGAUGGCGGUCGAGGUCCCGGUUCCGGACCACAACGGGUACGUUUUGGGGGACGAGUUCCUCCUCGACAAGAGCUUCACCCCCCUCCUGGUCUUUGUCAACUCGCGCUCCGGGCCGCAGCAGGGCCACCUGCUCACCACCCAGCUCCGGGGCCUCCUCAACCCGAUCCAGAUCUGGGACCUCGCGGACGGUGGGCCGGAGGAGAUACUCGAGUCCUUCUCGACCUUCAGCCGCCUGCGGAUCCUCGUGUGCGGCGGCGACGGGACGGUCAGCUGGAUCGUCAACACCAUCGAGAGCAUGGAGAUGAAGCGGUGGCCGCCGAUCGCGAUCCUCCCCCUCGGAACGGGGAACGACCUUGCCAGGAUCCACGGGUGGGGCGGCGGGUACAGCAACGAGCCCCUCGUCAAGAUCCUGGAACAGGUCUCGGAGGGGUACGUGUCCUGGCUGGACCGGUGGGAAAUGACCAAGGAAAACAAAAAGGGAGAGGUCAAGAGCGUCCAGUCCUUUCUCAACUACCUCAGCGUCGGGGCGGACGCCCAGGCCGCCCUGCAGGUCCACAUGCUGCGGGAGAGCAAGCCGCAGCUCUUCUUCUCCCGCAUCGUCAACAAGCUGUGGUACGGCCUCUUUGGGGCCGAGGACAUUAUCAAGGCUUCCUCGAUCAACCUCCGCCACGACAUUACCCUCAUCGCCGACGGCAUCGAGGUCCCCCUGCCGGCGGAUUCGCAGGGGAUCAUCAUGCUGAACAUCGACUCGUACACCGGGGGAGUCCCCCUCUGGGCGACCGGGGACACGGUCCUGGACUCCGACGCGGCCAGCGUGGACAGCGAGGUCGAGCUGGCGCGGGCCUCCAUCAAGAAGCGGUCCAAGAGCUUCGACGACGUCCCGAGCGUGGCCGCGGCCCCGAAGAGCCCCGGGGCCGGGUCCCGGACCCCGUCGCUCUCCCGGUCCGACAGCCUCGAGGAGCUGGCCCACCUGGCGCUGACGGACGACGAAAAGUACACCCGCGUGACCGCCUGCGACCGGCCCAGCAGCUGCCAGGACGGCCUCCUCGACAUCGUGUCGGUCCGGGGGACCUUCCACCUGGGCCAGAUCCGGGUCGGCCUGAGCACCGCCCAGAAGCUCUGCCAGUGCCGGGAGGCCACCAUCGUCAUCAAGCGCAAGGUCGCGGUCCAGAUCGACGGGGAGCCCUGGCGGCAGAACACGUGCACGCUCAAGAUCCGCCGCAAGAAGGACGCGGCGAUCAUGCUCCACCGGUCGGCCGACGAGAGCAACGGGGUCGAGACCGAGAUGGGGAACCUCCUGGACUGGGCCAAGAACAAGCACCUGAUCGACGGCCGGGUCCAUCGGGCCAUGAUGAAGGAGUUCAGCCGGCGCAUCGAGAGCAAGACCCGCCAGCGGCGCAUCGAGAGCAACGACAACCUCAUGUCCCACCUCAAGCGGGCGAUCUACAACGACGGGGGCGGCGGUGGCGGCUACCACUACCAUCCCCCCCACGCCCAUGCGGGGGUGUCGUCCGGCGGGGGCCCGGGCGGGACGGGGAUCAGCUUCUGAUCAUCGAUCGAUCGAUCGAUCGGGUUCCGUGCAUCCGCCAUUCGUUCCGUGGAAUUCGUUCCACUGGCAGGGGGCAAAGGGCGUCCGUGCUUUCCUGUUGUUCGAAAUACAAUACCAUGUACGUGUAGUAAAUUUUUUGUAAAGUAGUCAUGCACAAAGCAACAACACCAAACGAAUGCCACGGCAGCCAUACACAAAGGAGCAACACCGUGUACGAAUACUGCACUAGGAGAACGAAUGGUCUCACCGCUCGCAAACUAGUUUUGCGGCGGGAGCUAUUGGGGAGUCGCAACCGAACGAGCACACACCAAUCGCGCGGUUCCAACCGUCUCGCGCUUGGACGGACCUGCCAAAACGAGACGAGGAGUCACUCGUGGUUCGCGGCAUGGGACGCUUCGUGUGGAAGGUGGUCCGAACGCGCAAAGAUUCCGUUCGUGUUCGGAGAUCCCGUGGCUUGGCAGGACCCAAACGCAAAACCAACGUCGCCCCGAGCCAUCGUGGUUGCAUCCAUCCAUCGGAAAGGCAAAUGGCGCGGUUCCUCGUAGCGAGUGCCAACGCGGAGCAUCCAUCGAGAGAAGGCUUUCGAAUCGUUCCCAACCCGUGCGCGGUAUCGUCAUCAUAACUGAUUUAAAUAUAUACAACAUUUAUACUACGUAUAAUAAAAAAAAGAAGCCGAACCAACGUUCACCGGGAGCCGACCCAUGCGGUGCUUCGCCGCACUUUGGUGGAAGGAUCUCAUGACCGCGUGUAGGGCGUGGCACCGAACGAGUCCUGCCCGGGUGCGUGCUCGUCCUGGCUCUCUAAUAUUUCCGAGCGGUGGGCGCCCAGGAUCGCGGCAAAGGUUCCCAGCAGGACGCACUGCAACAGGCAGAAAAAGGCCAUGACCGUUUCCGUCACCACCGGCAGGCCGUCGUUUCGCUGGUCCUUGAGGUAGCCAAUGUAUAUGAGCAUCAGGAAGAAGAACAUCUGUGACAUGGCUACGACCCCGCCCAUGAAAAAUCCUACCGCCAUCGAGUUGUGAAACUUCCUCAUGAUCAUGGUUCCGCCAAUGCUCAGCAACGAAAGCAUGCACGCCGACCAGAUCGACGUGAACGAUUCGCUCAGGCCUCGACUGGAAAUAACUGCACAUGACAUCAACGCUAAAACUCCCGUCAAUCCCAGGAUGGAGUACCUUUGGGAUGAAACAAAUCCGAGACGACGCAGAGGGAACAACAGAACGAGCAAAGCAAUCACGGAUCCGUUGUGCGCAAAAAGACGAGUGAGGAACGAUUGAAAAACAGUGGGAAACUGCGGUCUCUUUCGAUUCAUUCGUUCACCAGAGCCAGUGUCCGCUGUCGGUUCGGUCGGGCCACCUACCACCAUCCCGCAAUAAGGCGCCGAGAGGAACCCCCGCACAGGGAAUCCGCCAGGAGUGCCGUGUAGGUCGAAAGAGAGGCUCUCAUCGUAUGGUUGGUUGACGGAUUGAGCUUAAAACUUCUGCGUCCGCUCUGUUGUUGUAGUUUUUGUUGUUGCGUACUCUUGGACGGCAAUUCCUUUCUGUCGUUGCUCUCUACCCAGUCCCUGUCCUGCACUAGCUUCUGUCGUCAGUAAGUGUGUUUUAUCGUAAACUGUCUUGCGUCAAACCAAAGCAAUUGCGUCGCUCGUAAUCAUGUAACGCCGUCCAAGGGUGGACCUGAAUCCCUCCUUCAAAUUGAGCUAGUAUGGUUCCGACAGGUUCCUUGCCGGAGCCGGUGUGGUACCGUACCACUCGUAGCCUUCCAUAAGGUUUCCACGUGACGAAGCGGUUCCCGUCGCUUCGUUAUCCAAUGUUGCGCGCUAGGAUUCUCACGUGCA